AUGGAAAACAUCAGAUCAGAAAUGAAGACUGACGGUGAGUCCCUGAAAAGUCUGGUGGACACAGUUGUAUCUGAGAACAUGAAGCAGCUAGACCUGAUAGAGCAAUCACUGUUAGAGGAUCUAAAUACCCAAGACAAGACAUUUGACAAUUACAUCACUUAUCUUAAUUACCUGGCGAAUGAACUUAACAUAUGCCUAUCCCCUACAGAGCCCCACAAAUUAAUGUUUGCAAAGAAACCAAAGAUCCAUUUCUUACUAGAAACAACAAAACCAGCCACACCAGGGUUUACUGCUGGCCAAUACAGCAAAAGUGAUGUCACCAAAUUACUUGGUAAAAUACGAAUCCCCAAAACCGAAGGAGAGAAAAGAGAAAUUAAGUCCAUGGACAGUGUUUACAAUACAGCAAUGAAACCUACACAUCAACAAAUGAAAGAAAACAAUAAGAAAUCUACAGUGAAACAAACAUUGUCCCUAUCUUCCUCUGUAACCAAGGUCAGACUUGCGUCCACUCAGCAUACACUCCUCCCAAAUCAACAGGGACUUACUGGUGGGGAUGAGGAAGAGAGGCUAAAGUCACCAGGUACAACAAGACAGGAAAAGAAUUACAGAACAUACAGAGGAAUAACAAUGGACAGGAACU